GUGGGCGCUGCAUGCCGGGCGGCGGGAAGGUUUUUACGCGCGGAGCGGCUGACAGGUUCGUGGUGGUGCCGGUUCCGGCGCGUGGGUCCGCGGCUGUCUGCUGGGCGGAUAGGAGCUGGGCGUCGUCUCUGCCAUCGCUUUCAGGAGCCCUGGUCGCCGCAGCUUGCGCUUCUGCCUCGUCUGUGGAGCCGGCGGGGUGGAGGGAUGCGCUCAGGAAGGACAUUUGGAUCUCCGGUUCAGUUUUAGAAUGGCAUCCGUCUCAGCUUUGACAGAGGAACUGGAAUCCGUAGCCAGUGAGCUUCAUGCCAUUGACAUCCAGAUUCAGGAACUCACAGAGAGGCGGCAAGAGCUCCUUCAGAGAAAGUCAGUCCUGACAGGGAAAAUCAAACAGUACUUGGAGGACUCUUCGGCUGAGGCGAGCAGCGACUUGGACACAUCACCAGCUGCUUGGAAUAAAGAAGAUUUUCCAUGGUUCGGAAAGGUAAAAGAUGUGCUGCAAAAUGUUUUUAAACUGCAAAAAUUCAGACCUCUGCAGCUGGAAACCAUCAAUGUCACCAUGGCUAGAAAGGAUAUCUUUCUUGUCAUGCCCACAGGAGGAGGGAAGAGCUUAUGCUACCAGCUACCUGCGCUGUGCUCAGACGGUUUUACACUUGUGAUUUGCCCACUCAUCUCUCUUAUGGAAGAUCAGCUGAUGGUUUUAAAACAGUUGGGAAUUUCAGCUACUAUGUUGAAUGCUUCCAGCUCUAAGGAACAUGUAAAAUGGGUGCACGCUGAAAUGGUGAAUAAAAACUCCCAGUUAAAGCUGAUUUAUGUAACUCCAGAGAAAAUUGCAAAAAGCAAGAUGUUCAUGUCAAGACUGGAGAAAGCCUAUGAAGCCGGGAGGCUGACGGGAGCGGCAGUGGAUGAAGUGCAUUGCUGCAGUCAGUGGGGUCAUGACUUCAGGCCUGAUUAUAAGGCUCUUGGCAUCUUGAAGCGCCAGUUUCCCAACGCCUCACUGAUGGGGCUGACUGCAACAGCAACCAACCAUGUUCUGAAGGAUGUACAGAAAAUCCUGUGUGUGGGAAAGUGUUUGACUUUUACAGCGUCUUUCAACCGGCCAAAUCUUUUUUAUGAGGUUCGGCAAAAGCCCUCAAGUGCUGAAGACUUUACUGAGGACAUUGUCAAGCUAAUUAAUGGACGGUACAAAGGACAAUCAGGAAUCAUAUACUGUUUCUCUCAGAAAGACUCUGAACAAAUUACCAUCAGUUUACAGAAGUUGGGAAUUCAUGCAGGCACUUACCAUGCCAAUAUGGAACCAGAAGAUAAGACCAAGGUUCAUACACAGUGGUCAGCCAAUGAGCUUCAGGUGGUAGUGGCAACAGUCGCAUUUGGCAUGGGAAUUGAUAAGCCAGACGUGAGGUUUGUCAUCCAUCAUUCAAUGAGCAAAUCCAUGGAGAAUUACUAUCAAGAGAGCGGGCGUGCCGGUCGCGAUGACUCGAGAGCAGACUGUAUUCUGUAUUACGGCUUUGGGGACAUAUUCAGGAUCAGCUCGAUGGUGGUCAUGGAGAACGUGGGGCAGCAGAAGCUGUAUGAGAUGGUGUCAUACUGCCAGAAUGUCAGCAAGUGUCGCCGUGUGUUAAUAGCACAGCAUUUUGAUGAAGUGUGGAACGCAGAUGCCUGUAACAAAAUGUGUGACAACUGCUGUAAAGACGUUUCGUUUGAGAAAAAGAAUGUGACACAGCACUGCCGGGACCUGAUAAAGAUUCUGAAGCAGGCUGAAGGCCUGAAUGAAAAGCUGACCCCGCUGAAGCUGAUUGAUGCUUGGAUGGGAAAGGGAGCAGCCAAGUUGAGAGUGGCUGGCGUUGUUGCCCCGGCCCUUCCCCGGGAAGACCUGGAGAGAAUCGUCGCCCACGCCCUCCUGCAGCAAUAUCUCAAAGAAGACUACAGCUUCACGGCUUACGCCACCAUCUCCUAUCUGAAGGUGGGACCCAGAGCUUGUCUUCUCAGCAACGAAGCCCAUGCUGUCACUAUGCAAGUGAAGAAGUCAGCACAGAGCAGCGUUAGGGGUGCACUGUCUGAAGCUCGUCAGGUGGAACAAGUGGAUUCGAAGGGGGAAGAGCAAAGCUCAGCUUCAGGUUCUUCACCUGAAAUAAACACUACCUCUGCCCCGGGGCGAUUGGGAGGACAGGCUGGCUUUAAACGAUGAGUUCCUUCUGUGUGGAGGGUGUACCUAGCGUUGACCUCGUGUACACCUCCCAGCUGCGGGCAUGAGCUCUGGGCAUGUCCAGAAGAGUGCUCACUUUACUCAGGCUCUGCUCUAGACCAGGCAGAGCAUAGCACAGCCGCAGGACCUCAGAAGAGUCUGCAGAGCCACAGCACUGGAACUACCUAGCGGGCCUGUGUGACCUGACACUGCGGCCGGAUACGUCUCCAGAACUCACACUGGAGAGCUGAGAGACCAACUUUUGAAAGGAUCACAAACACUUCAUAAUAUUUAACUAAGUUCAAAGCUUUAUACCAGGCUACAUUCAUAGCUAUCCUGGAUACAAGCCUGUUGGCUAUGGGCUGGACACAUCUGACAGAGUUCACUGAGCCUGCAACUCCUUUAGUCUGCAUUGUGCGUGAUGUAAAGCAAAUUGGGAUGUGAAACCAGGAGAUUUGGAAUAAGGGGUAUCUUUAUUUUGAGCUGUUCCCCACCCCCCCAUCAAAUUAUAAAGAUGUAAUUGCUCUGGAGGGGUUAAGCAAAAGAGAAAGGUUAACGCCCACAACUUUAUAAAUUAAAAACAUUUCAGUCUACUGUAAUACUGUGUGACUUUAACGUGGGAUUCUAGCUACUCAUCAGAAAUUGGCUCCAGUGGCUUCAAUUUAAAGUAGAAAAGCUGCCACAGACAGCUGGACUCAUCGGUAGCCAGUGCUGUAUUUCUCAUGGACUAACAGACACACAGUUACACGUGCAGGCUCACCUGCUGCCAGACUGGACUCGGCUGCCAGCACGCAGUGCAGAUGUCUCCAGCAGCAUAGAUAUCAGGAAGUGACGUGCGCAUCUGGUCAUCCACUCUCAGGCCGCCAUCUUCUCCUAGAGCAAACUGAGCAGCUUUUCAUUAGUAUAAGGAUGACAAGGUCAGAGCGUGACUUUUCACUAGUGAGCAAGUCGGGCCUGUACGUGCUGAUGGAUGCCAAGCUCUGUCAGAAAGGUAAAGGAGCUGCGGAGUGCACACCCCUGGCCAGACUCCUACUGAACAGAUCCAAAUGUCCCAGAAUCUCAACCUCAGAAACACCCAACAGUCAGUGUGUACCCAGCCCCAAUCAGCAGAACAUCCUUUAAGACUUGAAAAGCUAAAUGCUAAUAUAACAGUCUGUAAGCUUUACUCUUGGGAACGCUUACAGGUUAGUCUGUCACCAACCUUUAGAUAAACAAACUGGAAGCUAUGGCUCCAGAUGGUCUUAAGCGGAUGUUAACUGCUGGACGCUAAGUAGAAGAGAAUACUGUAAAUCACGUGUUGCUGCCAUCUUGGGUUACAGCUAAUACUAAAAUGAUGGCUGUUUGAAACCUAGACACGAUAAAGAUGAGGACUAUAAGAAAUAGGCAAGUGGAAAGAAUUCACCUUACAUUGUUUCUAUGAAGAAAAGGGUGUACGUUUGGGGUGACUCCUGUAGCGCUGACAAGGAAAUCACAGCCGUAUAUUGUCCCAUUGGUCAGUUCCACAUACACAGGCCACAUUUCUUUAAAGAAAAGAAAAAGGUUCUCAAGUGUCAUCUGUAGCAGUUAUCCACAGCGUCAUGUGAAUGUUACAGGAACGGCGAGAAGACAGACGGCUUCAGAAGGAAGGCCACUUUAUUUUCUGAAGGUCCAUUGGCCGAGACAACUGAGCGCAAUGGCAGUCUUGUACCUGGCAGCUUCAAGAGCACGGUACUCUAAAGGAGACUAAGCACGAUCACUUUCUAAACUACCUGUGAAACAGUUUGAUUAACACUUCAUGUCACUCAGUGCUUAAUCCUCUUUUUUUCUUUUUCUUCCUUUAUCAAUGAUUUAUUUUAUGAUAUGAGUACACUGUUGCUGCCUUCAGACACACCAGACAAGAGCAUCAGAUCCCAUUACAGAUGGUUGUGAGCCACCGUGUGGAAGAGCAGUCUCUCAACUGCUGAGCUACCUCUCCAGCCCACCUACUUUUUCUUGUUGAUGUUUUUCCUCACUGUUCAGACUCCCUGUGAACUCUACCAUCUCCUUUUGUACAAACAGCUGGAAGACAACAGGACAUGAGCUGCCUGACGGCAGAGUUGAUUAUUCACAGGACGGCGUGUGGAGGAUCCCACAGCUCACACGUGCUGUACAGGAAGUCUGGGGAUCUGCACUUAGUCCCAAACACACAGGCUUUUUAAUGAAGAAGGCAUGGUACUUAUGAAAGCUGUUUUGUUUUGAUCUGUGAAAUACUGACUGACUGGGUUGGGUUAUGAUGGUCCAAAUCCUACCAAAGAUUUGACAAGUAAAAUGGAAAGUUGCAUAACAUGGAAUUAGUGAAAUGAGGGCCUGUAGUUAGGCCAAAUUUUAUAUGAAAUUGAGCAGUUUAAAAUAUAGCAAGACUAACUUAAGUAAUAACUUUCCUUUUACCUUUAUCAGCUGUAACUGACUUAUGGUGGUCCUUUGGAAAAGCCAAGGACUUUUUCUUCAUAAUCUUAAAUUCCUCUUCAAGGUAGAUUUUCUUUACUUCACAUCUGGUUUCAAUGUGAACACUGUGAGAAAACUGGAAGCAAAAUAACUACUGGUCAGCAGGCUUCAGACGGUGCCUGUGUAGACAGGGACAGGCAGAGCUUCCCGGGAAGCCUCUCAGGCUGAGGGCAACAGGGGGAGCAGGAGCCACCCACCCAGCACGGGAAGGCCAAGCGAAUGGCGAGUGAAGGGGCCUGGAAGUGAUAUCUGCAGAGCUUCAGUGUGGUCCCCCUGGCCGUGUGCUCUAUCAGAAGGGAGCAAUGAGGAAACAGCAGGCAGCCGUGUUUGCUGAAGGACUCUUAAAACCUUCAGGAGAUGUUAAAGUGCAAUCUUAGGAGACCCAAGAAUCCAGGAGCAGUGAUUUCAUGUCAUUCCUAUCCCCAGUUAGAUAUCAUUUAGCCAGCUCCCCUCCCACCCACUUAAACCUGGAAGUUUCAAAAUAAAUACACAUAUUUGUAUUCCUGCAA